UAACCGGAGACCCGGCUGGGUGAGCUCGGCCUGGAGGCAUGGGAAUAUUCCGUCCGAGCAGCAGGAUGCCCAGGGGGCAGAAGAACAGUGCCCACCAGAAGAGGAAGAGAAAACAAUAAGGAGGGCGCAGCAGGAUGGGCAGCAGGUGCUAGGCACAGGGGAUGCUCUCACCUGGCCCUGCUUCAGCUCCAUAGGGGGAGGGUGGGGGGAUCUGCAUGGGUGGUCCCCUGCACCCCCUGUGGACUUCUCCUUGAUGGACUGUGCCCCGGGGGUGAAUCUUUACACGGGAAGGGGGGUUCUUUUUUUCUCGGUUGGCUUUCCCAGUAUUUCCUGCAAUGGCCUGCUCCUGAGUGACCCGGGCAGCUGCCAUCCCUCCAUCCACCUGUCAUCACUAGUCCACUGUCAGCAUUAUUAUCUGACCGUCCACCCCUCCCCCUCCCCAACCUUCCUGACGAUGCCCCUCUCUGCAGGCCCCCUCACUAGAGGCAGGUGACAUUGUGCUGGUGGUAGGGCACCCACCACAAACAUAGGGGGUGGGGAGAGACUGAGAGCACCCGGCCGCCGACGUCUCCCACCCCCUAAAAUAUGAUCAGGGGGGCUUGGAUGUAUCCAAGGGAAGAUGAGGCCGUCUUAAAGAUCUGCUGGGAACCCCGACACAGCGACAAACCGUGUGCCGACUCCGAGAGGGCUCAGAGAUGGCGCUUGUCCCUCGCCUCUCUCCUGUUCUUCACCGUCCUGCUGUCUAACCACCUCUGGCUGGUCUCUGCAGGGGCCAAAGCGAGAGGCAACUUCUCCUCCAGCCACCAGCAGGCCAACUCCAGCGUGCUGGCCCUCCAGAGCUUCCCAGGGGAGGGCAGGGGGUGCUGGGACAACCUCCUAAGCAAUUCCACCAAAUCUGCUGCUCAUAGUCCGCAUUGCACUGGUGCCAGGUCCUCUCACCUGGAUACUGCCUGCACCAAACUGCAUUCGCAAAGACAUCGGGGCUCUGCUGCCCCCUCCUCGCCCCAAUCCUCCUCCUCAAGAUCCUACUCCCCUUCCUCGACUUCCUACAACCAAAAGAGGAACUUUUUGAAGGCUUAUUUUAACAAUUUCACUCUGUCUUUUUGUGAUACUUACACCAUCCUGGACCUGCUGCUGGGCAUGUCUAACCCGGACAGCCUGAACUGCAGCCUGGAGAACCUGAUGGAGGACUUCAUGGGGGCCCCUGCAGCCCCUUCUGCUGUCACUGACGACGAGGUGUGCAGCAACUGUAUCCAAGCUUACCAGAGACUGGAUCAACACGCUCAGGAAAAAUACGAGGAGUUUGACUUUGUGUUGGAGAAGUACCUGCAAUCUGGGGAGUACUCUGUCAGGUCCUGCGUGGGGGACUGCAAGGCCGUCUACAAAGCCUGGCUAUGCUCAGAGUAUUUUAACGUGACCCAGCGACAGUGUCGUAAUGGUAUCCCCUGCAAGCAGUACUGCCUGGAGGUGCAGACCCGCUGUCCCUUCAUACUACCUGACAAUGAUGACCUAAUCUAUGGAGGGUUACCUGGCUUCAUCUGUACAGAUUUGCUAGAAAACCAUAUGUCUAACACAGAUGCAGUUUGCUGUGAUGUCCGAUGGCAUUCCUGCAACACCCUGGGGAGCAGCGUCCACAACACAUCUACCAAAUCUUUGAACUCCCAAUCCAUGUAUUACCAACACCGCAGUCGCCACCACCAGCACCCUCACCAUCGGCACCAUCACUUGCAUCCUUACCAUCAUCAUCAUAAACCAUCUCUGCUGCCGGUCUCAGCGGGAUCCCGCCUCGGAAACACGAGACUAAAGCUGUGCGUGCUGGUGCUUAUGUUGCUCCACACCAUGGCCUCCUUUUCAGCUGUGCAAAAUGGGAUGAGCUUGGAAGCCAUGCCUGGCAUGGAUGAGACAUCAGCACGUGAAGAGUGAAAACGCGGAAGUGCUUUCUGAAAACUCAGAAGAUUGGAAUAAGUUCUUAUAAAGGGUGUGC